AUGAGACGUCGUUGGGCCCUGCAAAGCCAAGAUCGCACUACCACUGCACCUUCCACUCCAAUCGAAGUGGAAUCUCAGCCAGCAUCUCCUCCCAGGAGCAUAGCCGAUGACUUCGAGGCACAUCUUGCCGCACUGGCCGCAGAACCCGCACCGCCUUGUUCCGACUUCAUAGAAGACCCUGCACCUAUACAGCCUUCCAUUGCUCAGGUUUUCCAACGGCAACGCCUGCUGCAGGCACACCCUAAGAAUCCGCCCAAGGCCAAGCAUAGCCAUGGCGACCUGCCGACAGUUGCUGACUUGAUAGUGGGCCCAGCCACAGCCCGGGCAACGCCCAGGCGCAACACAUUUUACCCGCCCGUCCCGCAGGCGGAUAGAGCAUUGCACCUAGCACCGCCGCCAAAAAGAUAUAGGCCCGAGCCGACACUGCAGCUUGGCGGCCUGCCGCCACCGCCCCCUCCAUCGCUGCCGCGCAGCCUUGCAGACUCCCAUGCUACGCAAAUCAUCCCGCACGGCACUUCUCCGAAUUCGCCAGCCACGCCACGACCGCCUCCGGCAUCUCAGUCUCCUCUUGCGCCUCCCAAGCAACGCCCGGUCAAAUUCAGGACCAUGCGCAGCUCCCUGGCUUCGCGAAUGAACAUAUGUGGUACACUUUGGCUGCAGCUUGUGUACAAGCUCGGUAAGGCCUUUGCAUCCAGGCACGAAGAAAUGCACGCCGCAUCGCAACACCAUCCGGCACCUACACAGCUGGACCCACCAUCGCAACUGGCUACGCAAAGCUCGCCCGACAUCAUUGAGCAAUUCUCGCCAGCAUCGCCAGACCCCAUCGCACCCUUCUCCGAUGAAGAAGCUUGGAUGGUGGAAAACGCGGCAUUGCAACGCCAAAGCUCUGAAUCCUCCAGCGAGGCAUCGUCAGUGUCCUCCAAAGAACCCUUGCAGAUAGAUGUGGAAGGACCAACACCGCUCUUUGCAUGCACAGGCCCUUGGGGCUGCUGGCACUCGCUAUGCCCCCCUGACGAAUCCGGCGUGCUGCGCACAGCAUGUGGGAUCAAGCUAGGCACAGCUGCCUUCACCUCCAACGCACCGCCACAACCUCAUUGCCGUCGCUCGGCCUGCGUCGCACUCCGCAAUGGCGCUUGA